AUGGCGUACAGUCAGGGAGGCGGCAAAAAGAAAGUCUGCUACUACUACGAUGGUGAUAUUGGAAACUAUUACUAUGGACAAGGCCAUCCUAUGAAACCUCAUAGAAUCCGCAUGACCCAUAACUUGCUGCUAAAUUAUGGCUUAUAUAGAAAAAUGGAAAUAUAUAGGCCCCAUAAAGCCACUGCUGAAGAAAUGACAAAAUACCACAGUGAUGAGUACAUCAAAUUUCUACGUUCAAUAAGACCAGAUAACAUGUCUGAGUAUAGCAAGCAGAUGCAGAGAUUUAAUGUUGGAGAAGAUUGUCCAGUGUUUGAUGGACUCUUUGAGUUUUGUCAGCUCUCAACUGGAGGCUCAGUUGCUGGAGCUGUGAAGUUAAACCGACAACAAACUGAUAUGGCUGUUAAUUGGGCUGGAGGAUUACAUCAUGCUAAGAAAUCAGAAGCAUCAGGGUUCUGUUAUGUUAAUGAUAUUGUGCUGGCCAUCCUUGAAUUACUAAAGUAUCACCAGAGAGUCUUAUAUAUUGAUAUUGAUAUUCAUCACGGUGAUGGUGUUGAAGAAGCUUUUUAUACAACAGAUCGUGUAAUGACUGUAUCAUUCCAUAAAUACGGGGAAUACUUUCCUGGAACAGGAGACUUGAGGGAUAUUGGUGCAGGAAAAGGCAAAUAUUAUGCUGUCAAUUUUCCAAUGAGAGAUGGUAUAGAUGAUGAAUCUUAUGGGCAAAUAUUUAAGCCUAUCAUCUCAAAAGUGAUGGAGAUGUAUCAACCUAGUGCUGUGGUGUUACAGUGUGGUGCAGACUCGCUAUCUGGUGAUAGACUUGGUUGCUUCAAUCUGACAGUCAAAGGUCAUGCUAAAUGUGUAGAAGUUGUAAAAACUUUCAAUUUACCAUUGCUGAUGCUUGGGGGAGGUGGAUACACAAUUCGUAACGUUGCUCGCUGUUGGACAUAUGAGACUGCAGUUGCCCUUGAUUGUGAGAUUCCUAAUGAAUUGCCAUAUAAUGAUUACUUUGAGUAUUUUGGACCAGACUUCAAACUGCAUAUUAGUCCUUCAAAUAUGACAAACCAGAACACUCCAGAAUACAUGGAAAAGAUAAAACAGCGUUUAUUUGAAAAUUUACGCAUGUUGCCUCAUGCACCUGGCGUCCAAAUGCAAGCUAUUCCAGAAGAUGCUGUUCAUGAAGACAGUGGAGAUGAAGAUGGAGAAGACCCAGACAAGAGAAUUUCUAUUCGCGCAUCAGACAAACGGAUAGCUUGUGAUGAAGAAUUCUCAGAUUCAGAGGAUGAAGGAGAAGGAGGUCGUAGAAAUGUGGCUGAUCAUAAGAAAGGUGCAAAGAAAGCUAGAAUUGAGGAAGACAAGAAGGAAACAGAAGACAAAAAAGCUGAUGUUAAGGAAGAAGAUAAAUCCAAGGAUAAUAGUGGUGAAAAAACAGAUACCAAAGGAGCCAAAUCAGAACAGCUCAGCAACCCUUGA